GGGUCGCCAGAGGGGGCCACGUGGCCACAUGAAUGACCAGCCAGGCUCCCCCGGAGGCAGGGCCUCCCAGGGCUGGGCUGAGGAGCUUCCUGCCCGCAGAGAUGAAUAAUGCCUCAGGGCUCCUGGGAACAGCCGGCAUCCCCCUGUUAGUGACCUGGCCACAGUCCAGCCCCUCGCCAGCCAUGACCAUGGUGCCCACCGGGCCACAGAUGGACCGUGUGGGGAACGACUCCCAGGGUGCCCCCCGGCUCUUCCUCACCACUACGCUGGCCCAAGGCAUCUCAGGCGUCUUCGUGUGGACAGCCCUGGUACUCACCUGUCACCAGAUAUACCUGCACCUGCGCUCCUACACCGUGCCGCACGAGCAGCGCUAUAUCAUCCGGCUGCUUCUCAUCGUGCCCAUCUAUGCCUUCGACUCCUGGCUCAGCCUCCUCCUCCUGGGAGACCACCAGUACUACGUCUACUUUGACUCCGUGCGGGACUGCUACGAAGCCCUGGAGGGAGGCAUCCACAGUGGCUACCUCUAUGUGACCCUGGUCUACAACGCCUCCGUCAGCCUGGCCCUCUACGCCCUGUUCCUUUUCUACUUCGCCACCAGGGAGCUCCUACGGCCCUUCGAGCCCAUCCUCAAGUUUCUCACCAUCAAGGCGGUCAUCUUUCUGUCCUUUUGGCAGGGGAUGCUGCUGGCCAUCCUGGAGAGGUGUGGGGUCAUCCCCGAGGUCCAGACCAUCGACGGGAGCAGGGUGGGGGCCGGCACACUGGCUGCAGGCUACCAGAACUUCAUCAUCUGCAUCGAGAUGCUGUUCGCUUCCAUCGCCCUGCGGUACGCCUUCACCUGCCAGGUGUACUCAGAGAAGAAGGAAAACUCGCCAGCCCCCACAGCAACCAUGCAGAGCAUCUCCAGCGGCCUCAAGGAGACCAUGAGUCCCCAAGACAUCGUGCAGGACGCCAUCCACAACUUCUCCCCUGCCUACCAGCACUACACGCAGCAGGCCACGCAUGAGGCCCCAAGGCCCGGCCAGGGUGUGCACCCCUCACCCAGCCCCCACCCCGGCACAGCCGGUGGCUCUGGUGGGGGCAGGAAGAGCCGGAACAUAGAGAAGAGGAUGCUGAUCCCUUCGGAGGACCUAUAGGAGGGCCUCGAGGUUGCCACCACCUGGCUGGGGACCCAGGUUGCCCAGGUCUCUGGAAAGAAACAGGGCUCCCCACCCACCAACCCUCUUGCCAAAGGUCAGGCCUCUCCCGAGAGCCACCUAUGAGGCCCAUGGAGUGCAGGUUCCAUCCUACCUCCAGCCUGUGGAUCAGGGCACUCUCAGCCCUGCCAGGGGCCCAGGGCCAGAGCCCCAGGAGAAGGCACCUGAGGAAAUUGGACAAGGCUGGGAAUUCACUGGGCUCACCUGGCUCUCAGCUCCAGGUGGCUGCUGAGGUCUUGGCUGCAUGGGCCCAGGGGAGUUGGCUCUUCCUUCCACAGACAGACUGAAGGGCAGAUCCCAGGCUGAGCAGCUGAGGGAGGGAUGGCUGGGGGAGCGGGGCAGCCCAGCACUGAGGCGGCACAGGAGCUGCGUGCGGGAGCCACACAGGCUGGCCGGGGCAGGAAGACGACUCUCAGCUGAGCCUGGCUGUGGCCGUCUUGGGCACAUGGGAGAAGGGCCCUGCUCCACCCACACUCCAGCCACAGGGGAGCCCUGGCGAGGCCCCCCGCACAGGGGAAGGUGUGCCUGGUGUGGUCCGGGACAUGCCAGGGGCCUAUUGGCACAGAACCUCCAGUGUUAUGUGGAAGGCUUGUGAGCC